AGCGGGGGGAGGGCGGGAGGGGGUGGGAAAAACCGGGCCGGGAACGGGUGGAGAGGCUCGGGAUUAACGCGGGUUUACAGCUAAUAGAGCCCACAACAUCCUGCACUAAGUAAAAAAAGGCCGGAAAAACCCCCCACCCACGAAGCACGAGAGCUGCGGCUGCUGGGAGGUCAAAGGGCGGAGGUGAGGAAGGAGCCGCUUCCCGGUGAGGUGGAGGCGGUGCCUCCCCGCAGGGCUGCCCGCGCCGCUGUGCCCCGGGAUGGCCUGGAGCUGAGGAUGACCCUGACUGAGAGGCUGCGCCAGAGGAUUUCGGGGGCGUUCUACAGCCACGGGCUGCUCUGCGCCUCCUACCCCAUCCCCAUCAUCCUCUUCACCGCCCUCUGCAUCCUGGCCUGCUGCUCCCCCCUGCUGAAGCUGCCUCUGCCAGGGACGGGCCCCGUGGAGUUCAGCACGCCGCUGAAGGACUACGCUCCCCCCGGGGGGCAGGGGCUGCAGCACGGGGAGCACGGGGAACGCCCCGACUGGUACGUGGGAGCCCCCGUGGCCUACAUCCAGCAGAUCUUUGUGAAGGCCACCGUGUCCCCGUGGCAGAAGAACCUCCUGGCCGUGGAUGCCGUCCGCUCGCCGCUGGCCCGCGUCUUCCCGCUGGUGGAGGAGAUCAGGAACCACGCCCUGAGGGACAGCUCCGGGGUCAGGAGCCUGGAGGAGGUCUGUCUGCAGGUGACAGACCUGCUGCCUGGCCUCAGGAAGCUGAGGAAUCUGCUCCCAGAGCACGGCUGCCUGCUGCUGUCCCCGGGGAACUUCUGGCAGAACGACCGCGAGCGCUUCAAUGCCGACCCAGACAUCAUCAAAACCAUCCACCAGCAUGAGCCAAAGACCUUGCAGACGUCAGCCACUCUCAAAGACCUGCUCUUCGGGCUGCCUGGCAGGUACAGCGGGGUCAGUCUGUCCGGCCGGCGCCGCGUGGUGUCCUACACCGUCACCCUGGGGCUGCAGCGCUACGACUCCAGGUUCCUGAGCAGCCUGCGCUCGCGGCUGAAGCUGCUGCACCCCAGCCCCAACUGCAGCCUGCGGGAGGAGAGCGUGGUGCACGUGCACUUCAAGGAGGAGAUCGGCAUCGCCGAGCUGAUCCCGCUCGUCACCACCUACAUCAUCCUCUUCGCCUACAUCUACUUCUCCACACGCAAGAUCGACAUGGUGAAGUCCAAGUGGGGCCUGGCUCUGGCAGCAGUGGUGACAGUGCUCAGCUCCCUGCUCAUGUCCGUGGGGCUCUGCACCCUCUUCGGCCUCACGCCCACGCUCAACGGCGGAGAGAUAUUCCCAUACCUGGUGGUGGUGAUUGGCCUGGAGAACGUGCUGGUGCUCACCAAGUCCGUGGUGUCCACGCCCGUGGACCUGGAGGUGAAACUGCGCAUCGCCCAAGGCCUGAGCAAUGAGAGCUGGUCCAUCAUGAAGAACAUGGCCACGGAGCUGGGGAUCAUCCUCAUCGGGUACUUCACCCUGGUCCCGGCCAUCCAGGAGUUCUGCCUCUUUGCCGUGGUGGGGCUGGUGUCAGACUUCUUCCUGCAGAUGUUCUUCUUCACCACCGUGCUGUCCAUCGACAUCCGCCGCAUGGAGCUGGCUGACCUGAACAAGCGGCUGCCGCCCGAGUCGUGCCCGGCGCGGGCUCCGUGCCGAGCGCGGGCGCUGCGCCCGGCGGUGCCACCUGCCCUGGCCCCGCAGGCGGUCACCCCGCACGGCGUGGGCACACAGCCCGUCACCCCCCACACCAUCACCCUGCAGCCGUCCUCCCUGCGCAACCUGCGCCUGCCCAAGCGCCUGCGCGUCAUCUACUUCUUCGCCCGCACCCGCCUGGCCCAGCGCCUCAUCAUGGCCGGGACAGUGAUCUGGAUCGGAAUCCUGGUGUACACGGAUCCCGCUGGGCUCCGCACCUACCUCACGUCUCAGGUCACGGAGCAGAGUCCCCUGGGGGACGCAGGCCUGCCUGCCAUGCCCGUUCCUGGAGGGGUCCUGCCCGCUGGGGACCCCAAGCUGGACCUGUCGGUGUUCCCCUCGGAGCCCGAGGCGCUGUCGGAGAACCGGACGCAGCAGCGGGAGCAGAAGGCGCGGCUGGAGCCGGAGCAGCAGCCCUGGGGCCCCGAGGGCAGGGGGAACGGGCAGCUGGAGCUGGGAACAGAAGCACAGGUUACCUGGGGAGCAGAGGAUGAGGAGAUCUGGAGGAAGCUUUCCUUCAGGCACUGGCCAGCCCUCUUCAGCUACUACAACAUCACCCUGGCCAAGAGGUACAUCAGCAUCCUGCCAGCCAUCCCGGUGACGCUGUACCUGAACCCCCAGGAGGCGCUGGAGAUGCGGCACCCGCAGGAGACCUGGCGCUCCCAGCCCUUCCUGGACACGGCCCCGCGGCCGGAGCGCCCCGCGCCCCGCGGCCACCAGGAUGUCACCCUCUACAAGGUGGCUGCUCUGGGCCUGGCCUCGGGCAUCGUGCUGGUGCUGAUGCUGUUCUUGCUGUACCGGGUGCUGUGCCCCAAGAACUACGGGCAGAACGGGCCGGGCCGGCGCCGCCGCGGGGACCUGCCCUGCGACGACUACGGCUACUCGCCCCCCGAGACCGAGAUCGUGCCCCUGGUCCUCAGGGGACACCUCAUGGACAUCGAGUGCCUGGCCAGUGACGGGAUGCUGCUGGUGAGCUGCUGCCUGGUGGGGCAGAUCCGCGUGUGGGACGCGCAGACGGGCGACUGCCUCACCGUCAUCCCCAAGCCCAGGCUGCGCAGGGACAGCAGCGGCAUCUUCGACUACCAGGAGGGCUGGGAUCCCAGCCCGGACGGCAAGAACGGGCUGGAGGACUCCUUUGAGAGCAGCCACCAGCUGAAGCGGCUGCUGGGGCCGCCGCAGCCCGCCCUGUUCUGUGACCAGCCCGACCUCACCUCCCUGAUCGACACCAAUUUCCUGGAGCACGCCAAGGCCGAGCCCGAGCCGCGGCUGCGGGCCGUGGGCGCCCGCCGCAAGGACUCGGGCUACGACUUCAGCAGCCUGGUGGGGAAGGUGUACGAGGAGCACGGCGGCUCCGGCUGCAGGAACGGGACCUUCCCGGGGCUCCCGGCCCCGCACGGCCCCGCCGGGCUCUGCGGCGGCCGCGCCCCGGCCUGCGGCGAGGGCGAGGGCGGCUGCGGCGGGGACGAGACCUGCGCGGGCUGUGACAAAUCCUCACCCCCGCCCUCCUGGGGAGGGGACCUGGAGAGCUCCAUCUGGAGCCUGGAACUGCAGGGGAACCUCAUCGUGGCUGGCAGGAGCAAUGGGAAGCUGGAGGUGUGGGAUGCCAUCGAGGGGACCCUCCGCAGCAGCAAUGAUGAAGGACAAUCCGGCAUCACAGCCCUCGUCUUCCUCAACAACAGGAUCGUGGCUGCCCGCCUGAAUGGCUCCUUGGAUUUCUUCUCUCUGGAGACACACACGUCCUUGAACCACCUGCAGUUCCGAGGUGGCCCGGGCAGGAGCAGCCUGCCGCCGUCGCCGGAGCUGUGCCGCGGGGCCGCGCUGCGCUGCCGGCUGACACACAGCGUGGCGUGCGCGCACCACAAACCCAUCACCGCGCUGCGGGCCGCCGCCGGCCGCCUGGUCACCGGCAGCCAGGACCACACCCUGCGGGUGUUCCGGCUGGAGGACUCGUGCUGCCUGUUCACCCUGCAGGGCCACUCGGGGGCCAUCACAGCCGUGUACAUCGACCAGACCAUGGUGCUGGCCAGCGGUGGCCAGGACGGGGCCAUCUGCCUGUGGGACGUGCUGACGGGCAGCCGUGUCAGCCACAUGUUCGCCCACCGCGGGGACGUCACCUCGCUGACCUGCACCACGUCCUGCGUCAUCAGCAGCGGCCUGGACGACGUCAUCAGCAUCUGGGACCGCAGCUCGGGCGUCAAGCUCUACUCCAUCCAGCAGGAGCUGGGCUGCGGCGCCAGCCUGGGCGUCAUCUCCGACAACCUGCUGGUGACGGGGGGCCAGGGCUGCGUGUCCUUCUGGGACAUCGGCUACGGCGACCUGCUCCAGACCGUCUACCUGGGCAAGAGCAACGAGUCGCAGCCGGCGCGGCAGAUCCUGGUGCUGGAGAACGCCGCCAUCGUCUGCAACUUCGGCAGCGAGCUCAGCCUGGUCUACGUGCCCUCGGUGCUGGAGAAGUUGGACUGAGCAGGAGGAGGGGCCGGCGGGACUGAGGCGGGGCUGGGGGCUGUGCCGGAGAGGGGACAGGGCCGCGGGCUCCGUGCCUCCAUCCGUGCCACCGGAGCGACUCCGGUCACCGAGCGGGGUGCGGCCGCCGCCUCCUCUGCUCUCCCCGGGCCGGCAUCUUCCAAGCGGUUUCGGGGACCCCCGGCGGCGCGAUGGUGCGGAGGGACGGGGGGCGGGACAGGGCAGAGCGGGGACAGUGUGGUGGCUCUCGGGCCGGACACCCAGCGGUGGCUGUGCCGGCCCAGCACCGCCGCAGGACACACAACAGCCCUCGGCCAGCCCCGGCCCCGGGUGGCAGCCGGGCGAGGGCCGGGAGCGGCCCGUCCCGGGCGCGGCUCGGCCCCCACGUGCCUUAGGGCGCGGCAGGGCCUGCCCGCCCCCGCCCGGGGCCGCAGCUGCCCCCACUCUAUUUAUUUAUACGCUGUAAAUAGUUAUUUAUUGGGGCAGGGGGCGCGGGGCUCCAGCCCCAGCAGUGUUGCCCUUGCCGUGCCCUGGCACAGCUGCCCUACCCGGCUCCCUCCUGCGCCCCGUCUGCAGCAAUAGCACCUUCCUCCUCCUCUCCUUCCUCCUCCUCUUCUCGCUGCGGGGCCAGAGGAGGCUUUUCUCAGGUUGGGAGCGGGCGGAGCUCUCGCCCCCGUCCUGCAGGCGUUGGGGAGGGACCCGGGCGGGGGCACAGCGGGACCAACGUGCACAGCCAGGGACGGGGCAGCCCCCGGCGCUCCCCCGAGCGCGGGGCCCGGAGCUCCCGGCCCGUCCCGCCCUGCCCCGAACCGCCCAUGACGUCUGUUCUCGACCCCCGGUGAUUGUAGAGGCGGCGCCGGCCUGGGGCAGGGGGGACCCCGGCCCAGCCCCGCGGGUGGCCUUCGCCCAGCUGUACCUUUGUGCUGUACAGGGGACGCUUUUUGUACCGAUCGUGUUUUAUAACGUGUGCAGAACAUCCAUUAAACGGAACUAACCCGA